CAAGAACUGUACUCACACGGAUGGAAAAGGCAGGCAAGCCCCGGGGACGCCCGCGCAGGUCUCACACGUAUCUGCUGCUAAGCAAAACCUCUCUGCUACUCACUCUCCACUUGGCUGAGUUCCUCUCCUGGCUCAGGGUUAGCGAUCUGGUACAGUCUAGGAGGCUUAGGACCCAGGGGGCGCCUUUCAGCUGAAAACCACCUCGGCUGCAGCGAGCUAGCUGGGAAGCUCCCAGUUCUAAAGAGAGGCUGUUUACCAGAAGAGCAUAACAAGGGCCGGUCUGACUGAGAGGAGACAAAACUGCUUUCAAGGGGACCCCAUUUGGACACUGGCUGUUCAGUCACCUGCGAGCCGGAAGAGUGGGGGAUGCCGUUAGCUUGGGUACACGCAUUUCUUCUCAGCAACAUGCUCCUGGCAGAAGCCUAUGGAUCUGGAGGCUGCUUCUGGGACAACGGCCACCUGUACCGGGAGGACCAGUCCUCGCCCGCGCCGGGUCUCCGCUGCCUCAACUGGUUGGCCGCGCAAGGCAGCCGCGAGUCGCUCGCCGAGCCCAGUCCCGGCGACCACAACUACUGCCGGAACCCGGACCGGGACCCGCGCGGCCCCUGGUGCUACAUCAGCAGCGAGACCGGCGUCCCUGUAAAGCGGCCCUGCGAGGACGCGCGUUGCCCAGAGACCACUUCCCAAGCACCACCGCCAUCCUCUACAAUGGCACCACCAGAAGAGAAGUCUGGUGCACCAGGCGACACAGAGGCCCAGGUGUUCCCUCCGGCUAACGCCCUGCCAGCCAGGAGUGAGGCGGCAGAGGUGCAGCCAGUGAUCGGGAUCAGUCAACGUGUGAGGACGAACUCCAAGGAAAAAAAAGACCUGGGAACACUGGGCUAUGUGCUGGCUGUUACUAUGAUGGUGAUCAUCAUCGCUAUUGGAGUUGGCAUCAUCUUGGGCUACACAUACAAGAGGGGGAAGAACUUGAAAGAGCAGCAUGAGCAGAAGGUGUGUGAGAGGGAGAUGCAGCGAAUCACCCUGCCCCUGUCCGCCUUCACCAACCCCACCUGCGAGAUCGUGGACGAAAAGACCAUCAUCGUGCACAGCAAUCAGACUCCUGCCGACGUGCAGGAGGGCAGCACCCUCCUCACGGGCCAGGCUGGCACCCCUGGGGCCUGAGCCUUCAGUGGGCAGGUGCCCAUGUAGACACUGGUACCGGACAGGCCACCCUCCUGCGGCUGGGAGGAGCUACAUUUUGUGUUGUGGUUAAAACCUUAUCCCAUUUUUCUUUUAGGGGGGGGAUGUGACUCAUGACACAAGAAGCAGGUAGCAUUAUGGGUGAGGGCAUGGAGGCUGGGUAGGGUCCUAUCAAUGCUUCUUUUCUAUCCCUUGGAGCAGGAUUUGCCUGCUGAGAGAGACUGGCACAGUAGCCACAGUGGUGCUGUGGUAAAUAAGGGCUUCCAAAUUGCCUGGGUCAAGAAAAGACGGGGAGCUCGUGAAAGCUCCUCUGUGCGGUAUACUGAAGGUGGCCUCAGCCUCUGCCUUCCCAUUUGUCGUCCAGGAACUUGAGUGGCAUAUACUGUUAUUCAUAGUUAAGGUCAAACAUGGAAAAAACAAAAUUAUAUAUAUGUGUGUGUAUAUAUAGUAUAUAUACACACACACAUAUAUAUAAAAUGAAUGAAUGAAAUACUUGGGAUGGAAGUCCCUUCUGACUUCUAAGAACCAGAAAUGAAUUUGUACAAAAGGUAGAACUUUGGGCUGCAGGUGGGUUCUUGAUGGGUACAGCUGGGCAUGCCCCAGCUUGCUGGCAGUGAUGUGCCUUGACAACUGUGGGCUAGGCCUGGGCCCAAGGAGAGACUUGUAAAGAAAGGGAAGAAUUGCACUAAACCUUCCACUUAGGUGAAGGACCCACUUCUGCCUUCAGCCUCAUGCAGUAGAUCUGAAUAUCCAGACUGACUUUGGGGGCUGGAUAGAGGAACCUCUCCAUUUCAUGCUGAUAAGAAAGUAGCCAGCCAACCCAUGGCGAUUAUACACUUGAGGGUCAGGUGACCUGCCUCUGCAAGGUGAGCCUAGAGACCAAGCCAGAGGCUGAGCUCUCAAGGGCAUGGUGGGGCUUGCUUUGUAGUCUGGCCUGGCUUGCAGACAGCCCCACGACCCCAGGCCAAUUCUUUGCAUGGGGUUAAGAUUGUAACCGGUACAAAACAAUCCCUGAACUACUGGGAAGGACCUGAAGGGUGUUCCAGAAAGGGAAAAGUGUCUUGCCCAAGAUCAAAGCAGUGUCCUCCCGAGAGUGCCCAGCCAGGAGCCCUUCCGCCCUCACACAGAGCAGGCUUCACCAGGCUGCUCUCUAGAGCCAUUUGUUGAGGGGGCCUGGAUCUCAGGGUUCCCAUGGUGGUGUUGACUGUGGGAGAGAGAACAGUACUACUUCUUACUUUCCUAUGAAAGUAUUUCUCUGUAUGUUUUAUAUACCUCAUUCUGACACCUGUGUAUGAACUAUGGCAAAUUGCUCUGCAUUUGACUUAUAUAAACACAAACAUGAUUUUA